AUGGAAACAAGGCGUCUUGUUGAGCUAGAUUUUAAAUAUGCUCGGGUUCAAGUCAAUAAUGUUUGGUGUUUCUUCCAAAAUUUAUUGCGGCACAGAAUUCUUUACUGUUUUGAUAUGGGCAAAGUCUCCCUGCCCGGCCCCGGGAAGUACGCCGCCAUCAAUCCCAAUGUGAACACAACCAUGGCUCCUGUGUACACAAUGAGAUCUAAAUGCCACCCUCCUGGUGAUAGUAACAAACCCGGCCCUGGAGCCUACAGCCCAGAGAAAGUGCGCUAUCGCCCCCAGGCUCCCAAAUUCUCAUUUGGAAGUCGUUACUCCGAGUCCACGUGUGUUUUUAUUGCCUGAUUAAGGGAGAAUGACUUUCAACUGCAUGGGAAUUAAACCAUACUGUUUGUUCAUUAGUAUAAGAUUUAAAAUCAGUAGAUUGAAUAUAACAGUUUGAUUAUCUUUUUUUUAUGUAAUAAUUGUUAUUUUGAGUAAAUAAAUGAUACAAAAUAA